AUGUUGAUAUCACACGCAAACUCACACCACGUUCCACCCCUCGAAUCCAGAAUCGAUGAACUGAACAAUUCUCAGCGUGAGGUACGAGACGAUCGUGGAUUUUGCGUAACAUUUGAGCGAACUGUACGCAUACCCGACGAUAACAAACUUCACCACCUCCCCUCUUCAUUAGGGCAGUAUGAGCUCUUCAGCGUAGACGCCUACUCAAAACGUCUACCGCAAAACGUCAGGGAGGCAGGUGGUAUCUUCUUCUCAAUGUGGCAGAGAGAAGCCAUGUGGCUCAACUUCCAACAAGGCUACCACAAGUAUGCAGUACGGGUCUUCGUCGGACAUGUGAAUGCCAUAACUGGGCAAGAGAUGCAAAAGGGAUUGGGCAAGAAAGAUGAGAGUAAAUUGCAGGACUAUGUUGUCAUACCUGGACAGAAAUGGCUAGAUGGUAUUUGCGUAGCUCCAGGUAUUGUUCGUCAGUUCGUUGCCAUGCCAUUGGGUUCUGGGUACACUGUUGAAGGCCAGAAAACAUCCGAAGAAAAGCAUGGAGGACUGCAGCUCGAAGUUACACCUGAAAUGAUCAAAGGUAAACGAGUGUGGUCGUACGCAAAGCAACAUUAUGUCACAUUCAAAGAUGGCUAUAAAUACUGCAGCGAUGGGCUGAAUGAGUCCUACACCCCUCGUGAACUCGGUUGCAAAAUCGGGGAUGUCCUGAGAUCGUAUCCGACUGAUGAAACGUACCGAACGCCUUUCCGAAUUCGAGACUUGGUCACGUCAGAGGUCGAUGAAAGGGGCGAAAAUAAGCUUCCUCAAAAUGUUGAUUUAUAUAUGACGACUCCUAUUAAACUCAAAGCUGAUGAUCGUCUCAACUUGAUGUUUCUUGGAUCGGAACAUUACGAAUUCGCUUCAUACAAAGUAGGUUCCAAUUCAAUGGCGUCCCCGUUAUGUAUUUCAAGACCCAAAAAGAAAUCUCUUGCAAUGGCUACUCCGCCCGCACGUAAUUAUCCGGAACCCCCAUCGAGGUCAUUGCGCCUAUUCGGACGGGGAGCAUCCAAACGGCCACGCCUUGACCAGAUGAGCAUAGGAAAUGGUGAAGGAUCGUCUGAUUUUCAGUCUCGCGAUGAUGUAGACGAAAGUAUCGCAGUGGAUGCUGCAACAGAGAGCGAAGGCAGAAAAGGAUUGGUGGAGCUUACCGAAACCCAAGUCAAAAACAUCAAGGCCAUGGGCUUAGCCGCUGGAGGAAAACUAAUUACGUUGCACUAUCUGUUUAUCUUCCUAUACAUAUACAAAGACAGAAAUGCCCCCACAACAUGGAACCACGCCGCAGCUCGCAUCCUCCACGUGCAUAUGCUUGAUCCCGAGAGCUGCGAAAAAGUCACACACAUCGUUCCUCAGCCUCCGCCCAUAGACGCGAAGAGGUACGCCAAGACUGGCGGUCAGUUCUGGGUUGUCGAAGAGAAAGUCGAUGAGCGACUUGAUGGCGGAGAUUUCGACAGCAUCAAGAGUGUCAGUCAGAUGGAUAAACAUGUGGGUAUAACCACAGAACCGGAAUUCAAUCCGGCAAGACCCAAAAUGUGUACAACGUGUGAGAUUCGACUGUGUGAUUGCAUCGUACGUCCCUGCGCCCAUCAAUUCUGCAAUAUAUGCAUCAAAGCAAUCGAGGAAGGCAGCGCCACCGAACCCGAUUCCCAACAAGCAGGGCCCUGGAAAUGUCCCACCUGCAGCACCCCCGUCUCCCACGUUGCCGGUUUCUCCGCACCCAUGAAUCUACCGGGCGAGGAACUCAUGCUCUGCACAAAAGUCCCCGUGAACGUGCUCAAGGUCGAAGAUGGGAGAGCGAGGUUUACGAGCGUGCUGAUGUCCAGGGUGUAA